AUGAGUCAGUUUCUAUUGAGAAUAACACAAUCAACCUCUGCUGUUAAUUUCAACGAUCAAAACUCGGACCAAACUGUUUGCGCUAAAUCACUGAUUCAUUUUAAUAACAAUAAUGCUAGUGUUACAAAAAUAAGUAAUAAAAAUUUAGAACAAUCUACAAAUACUAACAUAGAUUCCUUUUGUAUUAUAGAAGGAGAUAGUUUGAAGGUUCCAAAAACAUUAAAAAGUAGAGUUAAAAACUCACACGAGGUUUUGUCUACAAGUAGAGAAUCAGGCGAAGUAUCAGAAAACCUUACCCAAGAAAAUGUUGAUGUAUCAACAGCCAAGAAAGCAAAAUAUGAUCUUUCUAUUUAUGAUUAUGAUGAAGAUUCUUCAGAAGAAUUGCAAAAAAUGAAUGCUCCUAUCAAAUGUAAAAUUUGUACAUUUAUUGCAGAAACUCCUAUUGAUUUAUUAAAACAUAAGAGAGAUGCUCAUAAAGUAGAAAGGAAAUUUUUGCCCUCACACGAAAUUUUGAAAUACUUUGAUUAUCCAGAUAGAACAUUUUGUCCUAUAUGUGAACAACCUAUUAAAUCUCGAAAUUUCAGAUCCACUUUCAUCAAGCAUUUAUUGAUACAUUCUGCUGAGUUAACUUAUGAAUGUAGGAUAUGCAAGAAGAAAUUUAGAAGACGUGAUCACAUGAGGAGUCAUGAAAAGCGACAUGUUCUAAGCUAUGCAGAACUGAAGGCUAUAGAGGAUACUGUUGACAAUAGUCCAGUGCAGUUACCUGUUAUUUUGCCUACAUGA